CCCCCCCCCCCGCUUCCGUCUUCCCCUCCUACAAGCACACCAGACUCCGCAGAACAACAUCAUCUUCGCUGAAUCGGACGACAACGACCUCGAGGACCUCGGCGAAGAAGAUGUUGAACAGCAGUGGGGAUAGCACACAUCCUUGUCGCACGCCCUGUGUCACGAAGAACCAAACCAGUCCGAUAGUUCUCCGUCGCCCAUGCGCACCCGGGCCCGCAUUCCAUCGUGGAAUUGGCGGAUGACUUCGAUCAGCUUCGCGGGAAUCCCGGCCCUGGCCAGCUACUUCCUUAGCAUCUCUCGGUCCACCGAGUCAUGCGCCUUGUUCAAGUCGACGAAGCACAUGUAGAGCGGUAUUUUCUUCCUCCGCCCCAGCUCCUGGAGGCGGCGCACGACGAACAGCAUGUCGACGGUGGAUCGCCCGGGUCGAAAUCCGCACUGUUCCUCCGGGAGGAUGUUGUUGGCUUCGCAGAAGGCGCUUAGACGGUUGGUGAUGAUCUUGAU